UCUACAUCCAUCCGGCCCAAGGAAUAUGUCCAUUGCGACGUGUUACCCUUCACUCGACACACGAUGACAGUCCUCCGGACGCGCAGCGCCGUCCAGCACGCGCGCGAACUAAACAAUUUCCUUUCCUGCGCAGCACCGCUGUCGCUCCGCUCCCACUCACGGCCGAUCUCCGGCUUCAACCGUCCUCCGCCCAACUAUCCCGGCCAUGUGCCAUUGAACUUUGUAGAGCGCGGUGCUCUGGCCGUCGGGUCAGCUGUGGGGGCUCUUCUCAAUCCCCGAAGAGCUGACCUAAUCGCCGCCUGCGGCGAAGCCACCGCAACACCCUACUUCAUCUACCGGCUCCGUGACGCCAUGCUCUCAGACCCAACAGGCCGACAAAUUCUCCGCGACCGACCGCGCAUCACCUCCGAGACCCUCAAACUACCGUACCUCCGCUCCCUCCCUGAGAACACCGUCGGCCGGACGUACGCUACCUGGCUGGACCGCGAGGGCGUGUCCCCAGACACCCGAGACAACGUGCAGUACAUUGAUGACGAGGAAUGCGCGUAUGUCAUGCAGCGGUACCGGGAGUGUCAUGACUUCUACCAUGCUGUGACGGGACUGCCGAUUUUUGUGGAGGGAGAGCUGGCGCUCAAAGCGUUUGAAUUUCUGAAUACGUUGAUUCCUAUGACUGGGUUGAGUCUUUUUGCAUCGGUGAGGUUGAAGCCGGCGGAGCGGGAACGGUUGUUUUCGAUUUAUCUGCCGUGGACGUUGAGGAGUGGAUUGCGGAGUAAGGAGUUGAUUAAUGUUUACUGGGAGAAGGUGUUGGAGAAGGAUGUCGGGGAGUUAAGAGAGGAGCUGGGCAUUGAGAGGCCGCCGGAUAUGAGGGAGAUUAGGCGGAUGAUUCGGAUGCAGAAGAAGAGGGAGAAGGAGUUGAUGGAGCAGAGGGGGCAGUGAUUGUUGGGUGUAUUAUACUUUUAUUCCAAUUUCCUUGGAGGGAACUAUGGCUCUGUAUUAUAAGAUGAGGAAUGGCCACUUCCUGAAUGAUUACUUGGCCAAGUAUUAUUAGGAGCUGCUGCUCGACUAUCG